GGGGGAGAAGAGGUGUAUGUAUAAAAGCCUUGCUGUGAGGAAUUAGGAUAUAUUCCUCAGGAGAACACUCACAGAGAGAUAUUUACAAGACUUCGCACUUCAUAAUUAUCUUUACGCAGACAGACAGAUAAACAAGCCGCAGGAUGAGGAGCCUUCUUCAGUUUCUGGCAGUGUGUGCUGCGGUCUCUCUCUGCGUCUGCUAUGAGUCUCAUGAAAGCACAGAAUCCAUUGAAGAUUUAUUUGUGCCUCCAAACCGUGCCAACUCCUUCAUCACACCACAGAGGGGCAACGUAUUCAACCCACCCAGAGGGAACGGAUUCAACUAUCACAGCCUCAUGAGGCCGAUAAAGUCCCCAGCAGAGAGGCGUGCAGAGACCUGUGAGGACUACUCGCCUUGCCGCUUCUACGCCUACCGCCAUGGCUAUCAGCAGGCCUACCAGAGAUACUUCGGCGCCCGAACUCAGCCCCAGAGACCAGCUGUAACUCGCCGAUACUAGACCAAAAGAAUCUCUGUCAACGUGUAACAAUUCCCCUUGUCUUACUUUUAUUCCAUGUACUAUGAUUUUUUUAAGAUAAUUUAUGUAACUGUCUUUGUGGACAUUAUAUGAUAAUCCUAGAUGAAAACUCAUUUUAUAAACACAAAGGAAUUCACCGUGGCUCAGAUCAACCUAUCAUUAGACAUGUGUAGAAAUUCAUGGCCCAUCUCUUGUGUAAUCCCAGGAUAACAUUUAUCCACUAUUAUCACACCUUCCCAGCAUUUAUGAGCUUUAUGUGAUAUGCUUGAAUGAAAAUGACUCUGUUUUGCUCACUAUCCACGAAACAUUUCAUAUGUUUUGCAGCCAUCUAUCACAGGUCUGCACUGCUGCCAGUGAUUAUUUCCACUGCUUUGAAAAGAAAAAAUAAAACUCCCUUUACUGGGUUUUGUCUUAA